AUGUCAUCCAUUUUGAAUAAAUUUAAGAAGUAAACGCCAUCAGAGACUCCUAGCGCAAUCAAAUUGGAAAACACAUCGUUUGGUUAAUAAGCUGGGACUUAUUAGCCUCCAGUCAUCCCUGCGAUUUAAUUACCCUAAUCCAAUCAACCGAGAUAAAAAGGAAGACCAGGCGGAGGUUGGGAUGAUGAACCUUAGCCCUAGCCAGAACAAAUUAAUGUAUCAAAUAAUAAGGCAACCAACUCAAUUAAUUUAUUGAAUAAUACUCCACCAAAAUAGAAUGAAUAAUAAAUUCACAACGACGUACUCCUGCCACCUUAACCUGCCAUCGGAAACAUUUAAUUGAGCAGAAUCACGGAUUAUAGAAAAGGAUAGCUGUUAACUUAUGAAGAAUUGGAAUUAGGAGGAUUUGAUUAUGAAUUUCAUCUGGUCAAUGAAGUCAUUAAAUUGGGUGGCAUCAAAUUGAAGCAAAGUGACAAUGUUCUCAAAGAUUUUGCCAGAGCUAUAUCAACUAUUUAAGAUUAACUUAUAGGUAGCAUACUUUUAAAUAAGUUGCAUAGUGAGGACAACUGGAAAGUUUAAAUUGUAAGAUAUUCACUUAAUUUUUAGAGAUGCAUAUAUGCUAUUCAAUACGUGUGUCAAUAGUAUUAAAACUAUAGAGAAUUCUUCUAAAUUAAUUAAUAAUAUCUGAGAGUUGAAACUGAUUAAUAGCUACUAUCAGGAGCUAUAGAUUAGACAUUAGCAGAAGUAAAUGGCUAUUAAGUUUCAAAGUAAAAGGAAUUUUAAUUUGAAUUUAGAGAACCACCUAAGCCACAAACACAAUCAUAAUCCCAAUCACAAUCACAAUCUACUUCAUAAAGCCAAUAGUCAAAUUUAAUUGAUAUUUUGGAUGCUUCUUAAAAUGACACAUAAUAAAAACAAUAGCAAUAAAAACUUAAUCUAAAAUAAUUGAAAAUUAAACAACCUACUGUUUAAGCAUAAUAAUAAUAAUAACCAUUAGUAUAAUAAUAGCAAGUACCAUAGCAAUAACAAUAAGUUCAAUAGAAAAAUACAUAAUAACUAAAUUUAUUAGAUGCAUUUAGUGAUAUGUCUUUAGAAAAUUAUAAUUAAUAAUAAUUCUAGCCACCCUAAUAAUAAAUAAAUCAACAGCAAUAAUAAUAAUAUUAACAACAAUAAUAAUUUUAACAACCAUAUUAAUAAUAACAAUAACAAUAAUAAUAAUAGUAACAAUAACAAUAAAAAUAAUAAUCAAAUGGUAUAAGUUUUGAUGAUUUACUUAAUUCAUAGAGUACCAAUCAAUAGUAAACAUAACCAAAAAAGAAUGCUUUUGGAUUCUUAAAAAAAGAUCAAUAAUAGACAGUGUAGACUAAUUAAUAGCCAAUAAAUUUACUUAAUUCUCCUCCACAAUAAUAUCAAUAAUAGCCUUAAAAUUAUAAUUAAGUUCCAUAAUUGCAACCAUAUAAUUUUUAUAAUCAAUCUCAAAGCAAUUAAAAUCAAUAGAUUUAUUAACAAACCCAAGCACAAAAUAACAAUCAAUAGUAAUCAUAAAAUAAUAAAAAGGAUUUAAUUGAUUUUCUAAAUUUGUGA